CAUAUUCAAUGUUAUUCGAAAUUCGAAUCUGUUCCCUAAUGCCGAUACUUUUCACAUUAUAAUCGAGACUUUCGCGAAAGCCGGAAAUUUCGAGAUGGCCAAGAAAAUCUAUACGGCAAUGAGCGAGCUCACAAUUCAACCAACACUCGAGAUUUCACAUUAUACUGAGAAAUAUUAUUAUACUUGGAAUAUGAUGAUAGAAUACGCGUUGAAACACGAAAAUGUUGGUGUGGCGACAGAAAUAUAUGAUGGAAUGUGGGAACGGGGGAUGAGUAUGAGA